AUGAUGAAGGGGAUAGCAUUUGGAAAGCGUCUCAGUAAGACGCACACAUUGUGUUGCCACUGUGCCUCUGAGGCCUGCCACCUUCAGAAGUCAACCUAUGGCAAAUGUGGCAAUCCUGCCAAGCAGAAGAGAAGUAAAACUAGAAAACGGAAUCCCACUGGGACUGGUCAAAUGAGGCACCUAAAAAUUGUAUACUGCAGAUUCAGGCAUGGAUUCUGUGAAGGAACAACACUUAAGCCCAAGAGGGCAGCUGUUGCAGCAUCCAGUUCAUCUUAA